AUGCGGAGAAGACCCAGAACUGCAAGAUCGGUUGCACCUGUUAGAUUGUUGAUCGGGAUUGGACAGUAUCCACUAUGGGGGGAGACGAUAUCCACGACAGAGGGGAACCAGAAUUGCGAACAAGGACGUUAUAAGGCGACAAGUUCCCAACAGGGAUUUUGUUGGCCUGGGGUGGUUGUUGAGGUUCAGUUUGCAGCCAACAAAAGAAGAGUAUUGCUUGGAUUUAAAGGGCAAUCAAUCGAGAAACCCAAAACGAGCCAUAAGAUCAUCCAUAAAUGGAUUUCGGGUGUAGUAGAAACAACUAUAAUGGAUGCAGAAACAGCAAUAGUGGAUACACAUCUGAUUGAUUCGUUCGAUUUCUUAUCAUGGGACAUGGGAGAUACAUUCAAGGAUUUCACAGUUAGAGAAAGAAGCGGCCAGGGGUGA